AUGCAUACAAUAGAUGAAAUUAUUAACGACCUACUAGAAAUAAACCCACGAGAGGUCCCGACGAUGCCCCCGCCCUAUGAUGAAAAUCAAACUUUAAAUGAAAAGGUUGAAAUAACCUACCGAUCAAGCCCGAAACAACAAACCGAAUAUCUAAAAAGAGUCACAAAGCAUUACUACACGGCUGCAAUCAGAACCUACUGGUUAUUCGAAGCAUACGGGAUCGAACAAGUGUACCGAACACAAAAACUAAUCUUGGCGGACCUUGCAA